AUGCCUUCCUCAAAGUCGAGUCUGGACAAGCGCGACGUCUACUACCGCAAAGGGAAGAGUGACGGAUACCGCGCCCGAUCGGCUUACAAGCUCCUGCAUCUCGAUGAGGAAUAUGACCUGUUCACUGGCGUCAAUACCGCCGUCGAUCUCUGCGCCGCGCCGGGCUCGUGGUCGCAAGUCCUUGCUGCGCAUCUGAAGCCCGGCCGCGCUGGUUCCGACUCGCGCAUCGUCUCCAUCGACCUGCAGCCAAUGGCACCUCUGACCGGCGUCACGACGAUGCAGACCGACAUCACCUGCCCGGACACGGUCCCCCGCGUCUUGGAAGCGCUUGGCGGAAGGAAGGCCGACUUGGUCGUCUGCGAUGGCGCCCCCGAUGGUGCGUAUCAUACGCUCAAGCCAGCACUUGUACCCCGUGUCGGACAAGCUGACCCUUCAGUUACCGGUGUCCACGACCUUGACGCUCAUCUCCAUGCGCAGCUCAUUUUGGCGGCCCUAACACUGUCGUUGACGCUAAUGGCUCCUCACGCCACCCUCAUCUUUAAGAUUUUCUUAUCGCCUCUCGAUCCUCAAGCAGCUAUUCUUCGCUCUCAGCUCUCGACAUUCUUCCCCGGCCCGCCUCCGGGACAAGACAUCGACGAAGACGAGGACGACAUGGCCGGAAAACCUGGCUACGACCGGAUAGGGCGUCGAGGCGGCGUGUGGGUGCGCAAGCCCAGGAGUAGUCGCAAAGGUAGUGGGGAAGCCUUCAUCGUCUGCCGAAACUUUGACCCGACUACUGUUCCUCUACCGAGUACCAUCUCGCCCCAAGCCUAUGAGACGUUCAAGCGCGACAUUGGCUCGACGCUAACUCUCGAGUCGCUUUCUGCUUUGAGCUCGAACGGCGGUAUUGACCCGACCUGGUCUGAACGCAAACGAUAUGUCGGUGGUGGGGAUCUGAACGGCAGCGCCCCGGCAUCUGGCAUGCACCUGCCGUUACCGUCCCACCGGAGGGACUCGUCGCUUAAGAGCCUCGACGAGAUCCCAUCCCCCAUCGACACGCGUGCGAGCUUCAUGUCGUCGUCGCCUAUAAGGGAACAACUGUCCGAGUUUGAGGAUUUCCGCCGUGGUGUCAACAUGUUUCGACCAGUGUCGCCAGCGCCGAGUGACUCGUGGGCCGAGUUCCAAGGUCUCAGGAGCGCGACCGGGACGCCAAUCGCGUCCAGUCUAGAGUCCAACGGCUCGGCGGCUGGUUCGAAUUCGACGCCUGUGCGAAACAAGGCACUAAAUGCGACGCCAGUGUCCAAUUCGAAGACGGACGCGUUCUUCUCAACAUCAACCACGAGCGCUUUACCGACGCCGCCAUCGCCCCUGCCCAAAACAACUGCGAGCAGCACCUCCCCCACCAUCACCACUUCUCCUCCGUCCUUACCGCUUCCUGCGACGCCUCGAACGCCAGCGUUGGGUCGUGGCGUGCCGCCAAGUAUGCGUGCACGAGUCGUGACUACCCCCGGCACCCCGCAUACGCUCGACAUGAACCAUCUCCUCCCACCCGUGUCCCCCACGAACACUCAGGGUUUCAGAUCUGUCACCAAUCCGCGUGUUGACUUGCUGAACCCCCCAUCGCCCAAGUCGCAAUUUCCUCGCGGUAACGGACCGAUUGCAAUCUCGCGAGAAACGCAUCACGACGAUCCCGACGCAGUCCCCAUGAAGGAAGGUGACGUUCUCGUGCCGAGUACCGACAGCGCCGCGCUGCCAAUCCGUGUCCCGUCAAACCCGGGCAAGUGGACGCUGGUGGAGCCGCUCGGCGAGGGCGCCUUCUCGAUCGUGUGGUCUGCUGUUCGUGAGGAUGACAACGACGCGGGCACCGUUGCCGUCAAGAUGAUCGACCGCAGUGCCUGCGCCCGCAACUCGCGGACGACGAUUGCGUUCUGUCGUGAGGUCGAGGUGCUUCGGCAUCUCGUGCACCCGGGCAUUGUGAGCUAUAUCACGCACUUCUCGACCGACUCGCACCAUUGUUUGGUUCUGGAGAAGCUAAACGGUGGCGAACUGUUCCACGUGGUGGAGGAUCAAGCCCUGCACAAGCGCAUGCUACUGCCGGGACCGAACGACCCAAAGGGCGAGGGCCUUGUGCGACGCAUCUUUGGCGAGCUGUGCCGUGCAGUGGCCUGGCUCCAUGAGGUCGAAGUUGUGCAUCGUGACAUCAAGUUAGAGAACAUUCUGUUCACCGUGAACCCCUUCCAGCUGGCGGCGACGUCGAUGGGCUCUGUCCCACUGGACCAGCUGCCGACGCCGCUGAUCAAGCUGUCCGACUUUGGCCUGUCACGCUUCAUUGCGACAGACUCGCCCCUACUGUCGACACGCUGCGGCAGCGAGGCGUACGCUGCGCCCGAGGUCGUCAUGGGCAACUUAUACGACGGACGACGCACCGACGCAUGGGCGCUUGGUGUCGUGCUGUACGCGCUCAUCGCCGGCGAGCUUCCGUUCGACGAUAACAGCGUCGCUUCCGGACGCCCUAGAGCGGGCAGCACUGCGUCCACAGUCUCGUCGACUGGCGGUGACCAGGCCGCCGCUGACCGCCUCAGCCGGCGGCGUGUCAUGCACCACAUCGCCAAGGGCGAGUACGGGUGGCGCGAGGGCGUGGGUAGUGCGGGCGUGCGCGAGGUCGUCUCCCGCCUGCUGACGCGAGACACGCAGCGACGUGCGCGCGUGUCGCGCCUGUGGGAGCUGGAGUGGAUGCAGAGUGGGCCCGGCGCCGUGCCGCCGCCGCAGGAACCGAUGGUCGAGCCGCUCCCGCCGCGCGCGCCGACGCCGCACGUCGUGGUGGACCAGGGCGUGCUCGUCGAUCACCAGGGUAUCGGCGACCUCGCACGCACCGAGCUCACAGAGCACAUGUAA